AUGAAGGCCAAAAGGAAGCGCAGCAAGAAUGCAGGUGUUGGAAUCGACUUCAAACGUGCAAAGCUCAAGGUUGGCAAAAAAUUGCCGAAAGCCCAGAAUGCCACGGACACAAAUUUUAAGGCCCAAUCCAUCAGCCUACCAGGACAGAGUGCCUUCACGGAUGAUCGUGCCGGAGUUGCAGUCAGUGAUCGCAACCUCACACUGAAGGACUUGCUUGGCCAAGUUGGUCAUUACAGUGAGAAAGUCCGCAAGGACGCUCUGCAGGGAAUGUCAGAGCUCUUUUCGAAUCAUCCAGCGGAGCUCAAGAGCCAGGCGGGGCUUGUUGUAGAAGCACUGGCUGAACAUUUAGCUGAUGCUGAUACAAGUGUGCGUGCGGCUCUCAAAGACCUACUCAAGGCUGUUGUCUUCCCUGGCCUGGGACCUGCCGCACUGGCGCCCUUUCUGCCCCUCAUCAUGGCUCACAUCACCAGUGCCAUGACCCAUCUGGCUGAGGCUGUCCGCAAGGAUGCCCUUCGUUUCUUGAACCUGAUGAUGGCAGCAGCGCCGCAGCAGGUCACUGGCACUUUCUUGCUGCCGGCGCUUCAACACUACAGCCACCUGCUGCUGCCCUCCCAGCGUUCACGCUCUGUCAAGGCCGGCUCUGUCAAGACACUGCUGGAGGUGGUUGAGGGGUUGAGAAGCCUGCUGCAUCAGGCAGCAAGUGUUGACCAGCGCAAGCUCCACGAGAGGCCGCAUGUGGAAGCUGGCACAGGCACCAAUACACCCGCAUCAGUGUCAGGCAGAGCAGCAGAUAGCACGUUGUUUGCACAGCGAUUUGAACCGCCGUCGAGGUCCCUCAUGGCGCACUUGAUCGGCACCAGCCAGGGAGGCAACACAAAGGAGCCUCGUCAGCUUGCGUUGGAGAGUUUGCUGGAGCGCUUGUUGGAGGCAUGGGUGGAAUGCACCCCAGGCCAGCUGUCCUCUGCUCCUGAUGCUGCGGCGGUGCAGUGCUGCGAGGCAAUCCUUCACUGCGCAAGCCUUGUUCUCGACCGCAUGACGCCGGGAAGCGACCCGGCAUGGGCUUCUGCCAUCAUCAGUAAGGUUGCGCCUCACGUGCCAGUGAGUGCGCCGGUGGUGAGAGUGUCCCCGGCAGUCACAGACUCCCUGGUGAAGAUCAAUGUGUCAUCCGCGAAGCUGCUCACGAGAUUCUUGACAAGCACUGAUGCUCGGGCGUCACAGCGUGGGAAUGUCAUCUGGAUGGAAAGAUUGCUGGGUUUCUACGAGGGAUUGUUGCGGGACGGCCAGGUGCUGCCAGCCAGCAGCAGCAUUGGCGAGGCGCCAGAGCAGCCCGCCAUCUCCGCCGAUGUCUACACGCAUGUCCUGUCGGGUGUGCGCACUGCGCUGCCGUUUGUCACUCCGGAACGGCGGCACAGCCUGCUGGCGGCUGUUGAUGCAUUGACGAGCCGCGUCACCGCCAGGUCAGCGGUGGCUGCUGCCUGCCUGCAAUUCCGCGCUUUUUUCCUUGCGCGGCCCGAUGUGUUCUAUGCUGACCCUGCCACGGGGCUGCCGCUCAUCAGCGAAGAGGAGGCUGCAGGCUGGCUCAGGCCGCUGCCGCGCCUGCUGUGGGAGCUGGGCAGCAAGCACCCAACAACUUCCUUGACAGCUCUGCGCAUGCUGCACAAUGCUGCGCGCUAUUCCAGACCGGACGGGCCCAUCAGCGCAACCCUGCAGGAGCUCCAGGCUCAAAUGACCCCGCUGUACAUCACAGCAAUGCCCGCAAAAGGCAGCGCAGGUAAGACUCUGGCGGUGGACAUCAUCUACUUCUACGCUACAAUCACAGAAGCCACGCUGCGCAUGCUGGCGCUCCUGUGCCUGUCGCCCAUCUACCCUGUAGCUCUGGCCACUCGUGCUCUGGGAGUGCCGCAGAGAGCAGCAGCCCUACCCAGCGUGGCACCUGAGGGAUAUCUCAGCCUCCAGCUCUCCAUUUUGACAGGUUGCAGCAGUCAAGUGGACUCAGAGCAGUUGGACUCCGGCUUUGAGAGGUCGAGAUGUUUGGUUGACGCAGCACGUCAAGGCCUGCAGACAUUUCCGGGGGGCGUAGGCGUCGCGUUGGAUUGUCUGGCAGGCGCUCUUCUGCAAGAAUGCAGCAAGGGGAGCAUGCGGUCUUACUAUGGCGCAUUGCAGAUCCUGACGGCAGCAGCAGCCAGUCAUACGCCGUCUCAGCAGCAGGCAGGCUUAGCACAGACAUUGGUAGACAGCAUUCCUCGAAUUGUAGUCCAGUAUGCAGUUGGGGUGCACCAGCCAGCUGCAGCAGACCAGCGGAAUGGCAUCGCAAAUGCAAGCCCGGCAGCCGAAGUGAGAGGCGAGAGCAGCAGGUUGAAGAGCUUGUUCACUACCUUUUAUGGACUGCCUGUGAACUAUGCGGACUGA